GUCCAAGUUCAGGCUGACAGUUGCUCUUGAGGGCAUGAAUAGCAAAGAGGCAAGGAGAACGAUGGGGCCAGCAAAAGUAGAGGUGGCAGUCCCAGACAAAUACCUCAAAAAGUAUUCAAAAGAGCCCAAACUGCCUCAAAAAUUCUGUGUUCACAGAAACAAAGUCCUCAAAAGUUGUCCAUACCAACUGCACUGGGAAAAAACCAGCUGUUCCUGCGAGGCCGGACUAUGCACCUGUGGAUAUCCAAACCAAGAGAGUACCAAGGGAGAAUGUACACAGACUACCAAGGUCGCUCCAAAGAAGCCAGAGCCGAUCUUUGUGGACACCAGAAAGGGACACAAGCAGCCCAUUGAAAAGUCAGGACUUGUCACCGAGCACAUCAAGAAAAAAAGGAUUAUGAAGCAGUACCUGAGUAUGUUCUCCAUCGCAAUGAAAAAAUGCAGAGGGCUUGGGAGGAGCAUGGAAAGUUCCUGAAAGACCAGCAGGAGCAGGAGGCCAAGAACAAAUUGACUCACGAGGAGCGACAAACCAUCCUUCAGGUACAUGUCCAAGUCCAGGCCAACGGUUGCUCUUGAGACCGUGAAAAACAAGGAGCCAAAGAGAACGAUGGGGCCAGCGAAAGUAGAGGUGUCAGCCCCAGACAAAUACCUCAAGAAGUAUUCACAAGAGCCCAAACUUCCUGAAAAAACACAGUCCUUGACAUUUGUCCGUACCAACUGCGCUGGGAAGAAACCAGAUGUUCCUGCGAGGACGGACAAUGCACCUGUGGACAUCCAAACCAAGAGGGAACAAGAGAGUACCAAGGGAGAAUGUACAAAGACGACCAAGGUCGCUCCAAAGAAGCCAGAGCCAAUCUUUGUGGACACCAGAAAUGGACACAAGCAGCCCAUUGAAUAUUCAGGACUUGUCCCCAAAUAUAUCAAGAAAAAGGAUUAUGGAGCAGUACCUGAAUAUGUUCUCCAGCGCAAUGAAGAAAUGCAGAGGGCUUGGGAGGAGCAUGGAAAGUUCCUGAAAGACCAGCAGGAGCAGGAGGCCAAGAGCAAAUUGUCUCACGCAGAGCGACAAACCAUCCUUCAGGGCCUUAAGAUGAAAUGGGCGAAGUUGAACCAUGAGUUCCAGGGCCUCCCAUUCAUCACGGACACACUACAUUUGAAAAGGAACAGGGUGCGGGUCGAAAUGGAGAUGAAGAAGCUGGAGGACGACAUCAACCUGAUAGAGAGGUUCAAAAUCAUCUACUUACCCGAAGACUAAGACAAUGGUUAAACUUCAUUAAUUCAGAAAAAAACCUUACAAGAAUAUGAGGUUAGUCAUUAUUUUUUAUCUCUCAAGCCCAUGUGAAGAAAUACAGUAGUGAAUGACACACAAGUCAGGAGGUGCAUAGUCGAACAAUGCUCUUCAACCAAUCUUCUUCUAUUCAACCCCUUUUCAACUGUCUUCAACUUCUCUCUUCCUCUAUUCAACUUCUCUUUUCGCAACAUUGACACUGCAUUGUCACCAGCAAUUCCAGUGUCAAUGCUAGUUCCUAGUGAAUGUUGUGUCAGCAUUCAUAAUAUAAUUUUCCUGUUCUGAUUUUUCUUCUUCUGCCCCUUUUUCAACCAAUUGAAAAUCAAUAAAAAAAAGCUCAAUUAUGACA